AUGUUGGACUCAGCGGAACAGAAAAAAAAUGAGUGGAAAAGAGGCUCAGAGGGUCACAAUGAAAAGAGAAUUGGCAGAAUCAAAAUGAAAAGGAAGAAGCUUGACAACCAAAUAAAAAGCAAACGAAUUCCGUCGUGUGAUCUCAUGGGGCGUAUAAAUGAGCCUGACGCCUCCCUAGCUUCCACGGUAUAGCGUAGCGCAGGCCCUUGCCCUCCGAACUGCAAGAAAUUUUUCGAAGAGACGCCCUACGCGCCGCGAAAACGCACUACUCUUUUUUGAAACUUCUAUGCUCCACUUUUUUGUUUUCCCAAUUAUUAUAACGUUGUUAUCAAUUUCAACAGUUAAAAUUCGUGUAAAACUGAUAGUACUUUCAAUGCCCUCAACAAAUAAUUCGUUCAAAAUGGAAUAAAAACUAAUAAAGAACAGUUUUUAUGGCUUCUCAUGUUUAUUUUUGUUUUCACCGCUUUUUGAUUUUUCUGAACGUGAGCAAAAAAUAUAUGAAAUGUAAUUUAUAAAUUAUACACUGCUUCCCUCAAUUUCAAAUGUUUUUACUUCAUUUUUUUAAGACAGAUACUUUUUUAAGCUGUGAAAAGUUUCAGAUAAUUAAAAAUAUUUUGAUUUUACAGAAAUCGUUCCGGCAACAUUUUUUUGACUUUUUUUUGGCCAAUUUUUGAAACAAGCUUUAUGACUAUAGUUUUUGUUAACCAACACAAAUGAAAUUUUCUUUCUAUUUUUUGUUCCUCUCAAUAAAUUUGCUAAUCCAUAUUUUUUUCAGGAAACUUUCCACAUAAAAAAACUUUAUUUCAAUAUAAAAGAAGCAGACAAAUCCGCCUAUCAACUAAAUCGUUUCACAGGUUUGUGUGAAUCAAUUUUCCAUUGAAAUCUCCUUUUGUCAUACAGAGAAUCCGCUUUACGCUUUUUGAAUAAUGUUGCUGCGUUACCUGAAAAUAUCUUUCACUUCACCGAGAUUGAUGUACAGCUCAGUCUGAACCAGGUUAUAUUCAAAUUUAUCUUUUAAAUUGAGUUAAAUUUUUUCAGCAUUUCCCAUCAAAUACACUUCGGAAAAAUGAUUUCAUCGUAAUUCCGAGCUUCUAUCAGUGA